CACCAUGAGUUCAUCAGGAAUUUGCAAGCACCUCAAAUAUGUCUACAAGCUGGUGGUAGACAACUUCCUAGCCAUCAUGACCAUACCAAUGGCCGCAUCCACCGUGGUUGUGGCGGGAAGGCUCGGGCCCGACGAGGUCGUGGGUCGGCUCCGAGCCCUUACGCCGGCGCACCUCUUCUUGUUCGGCUUCCUCCUUGUCUCCGCACUCACCAUGUAUCUAAUAUCGCGGCCGCGGAAGGUGUACCUCGUCGACUACGCCUGCUUCCAUGGCACUCAUCACUACCGCAUCCCAUUUGCGUCAUUCGUGGAGCACGCACGCGAAGUACCCACUUUCAACGAGGGGAGCAUCCGCUUCAUGUCACGGCUUCUCCAGAGCUCGGGCCUCGGGGAGGAGACAUGCGGACCCACGCCGGCCCUUUACAUCCCCCCGCACAAGUACUGCACGCUGGACGCCGCCCGCGAGGAGGCGGAGCUCGUCGUCUUCUCGGCCAUGGAUGAACUGUUCUCCAAGACGAACGUCCCUCUUGACGCCAUCGACAUACUCGUCGUCAACUGCAGCUGCUUCAACCCCACGCCGUCCUUCACCGACAUGAUCGUAAACAAGUACAAGCUGCGAGGCGACAUCCGCAGCGUGCACCUAUCCGGGAUGGGGUGCAGCGCCGGGCUGAUAUCGGUAGAGCUCGCGAGGAACCUCCUGCGGGCGGCGCCCCGAGGCGCACGGGCGUUGGUCGUGUCCACGGAGACCCUGUCGCCCCACCUCUACGUCGGGAACGAGCGGCCCAUGCUGCUGCCGUACUGCCUGUUCCGCAUGGGCGGGGCGGCCGUGCUGCUGUCCACGUCCGCCGCAAAUGCCCGGUUCCGGCUCACGGCCACCGUGCGCACGACCACCGCGGCGGAUGAUAAGUCCUACCGGUCCAUAUACCAGGAGGAGGAUGGCAAGGGGAACAAGGGUGCCGGUCUCUCCAUGGACCUUAUCGCCGUCGCCGGUCGCACUCUGAAAGCCAACAUCACCGCCAUUGCGCCCAUCGUCCUCCCGAUCUCUGAGCAGCUUUUGUUUGCGAUGUCUUUCGUGGCACAAAAACUGUCCAGCGGGCGUGUUAGGUUGUACGUCCCCAACUUCCUCACGGCGUUUGAGCAUUUUUGCAUACACGCCGGUGGGUCAGCGGUCAUCGACGAGGUUCAACGCAGCCUCGGCCUGUCGGACAAGCACGUCGAGCCAUCACGAAUGACGCUGCACCGCUUCGGAAACAUAUCCAGCAGCUCAGUUUGGUAUGAGCUAGCAUAUAUCGAGGCCAAGGGCCGUAUGCAUGACGGUGAUCGCGUAUGGAUGAUCGGGUUUGGCUCUGGCUUCAAAUGCAACAGUGCGGUGUGGGAGUGCAUCGUCCCAGCCCCCAACAGCAAUGGACCAUGGGCUGGGUGCAUCCACCGCUAUCCAGUGCUGAUUAAGUCUCCAAAAGCAAAGCCGCGGCAAUAAGUAGUGGAGACACUGGUAAAUUGGAUAUUCUUAAUGUGUGUGCAUGUGAUUGAAUUCAUGCUCCAACCAAUAUUUACAAAGUUUAAACUCGACAGACAAUAUAUUUCAACAUGUGUUUUGUAAAA